AUGUUCCCCACCGUGGAGCAAUCGUACCGCGUCGACAUCACCGACGCCAUUGAGCGCGACCUGCGCUUCUUGGGCCACUCCCGCGUCGAUGCACUGACGUCGCCGUUUGCCAUGAAGCUCCUCAAGGACAAGAGCGGCCUCAAGCUCUACGAGCUGUGCGAGAAGGAGUUCUACACGAUGAAAGCCGUGACGACCGUGACCGCCCCGAUCCAGGACGUCAUGCGCAUGCUCCGGAUGGACUCGACGGCGCAGCUGCGCGCGGCAAUGGGCGAUAUCUUCGGGCCACUCUUCUUGGACGGCGUCGUGCUGUACACGCAGCCCGAGUCGGCCACGCGGCCGCACGAGAGCAUGUCGGUGAACUGGACGGCCCUGCAGGCGUCCAAGGCCAACCUCCAGCACCGCGACUACGUCUUCUUGCGGUACAACGACAUGUUUGAAAAGGACUUGGAGCACGGCGGCAUGUACCAGAGCAACGGCUCGGGGCUCUACAUUGGCGCGUCCAUUUGGGAGUCCAUUGAACUCGACGGCUGUGAGCCGCUGCCUCCGUCGCAGAACGUCGUGCGACUGCGGCUGCGUCGAUCGGGGAUCGUUGUCGAGGAGACGGGGCGCGACGGCGCGCUGAACGUGUCUCUGUUUCUGUCCGAAGGCCAUCCGGGUCGCGACACGGUGUCGUCGCUCACGCGGUCGUGGAUGACCAAAGUCGUGAGCUGUGUGUCGCGGAUUCCGAACGCACUCUUGACGCGGGCGCUGAGUUCGCAGAGUUUGCUCACGAAGCGCGAGUUCCGCAAGGACGGACCAAACUGCUACUUGUGUCGGAAGGCCUUCAGCGUGUUCCGACGCAAACACCACUGCCGCGUGUGCGGGGACGUCGUGUGCAGGGGGUGCUCGGAGAUCACGACGCUGUGUCCGUCGAGUCGGAACAAAGAGGUCCGUCUCUGCAGCCGAUGCUACACCACGAGCACGACGUCGGUCUUGUCCUCGAACCGGGGCUCGAACUCCAUGCUCCUCGCGCAAAACGACGACAGCGCGCGAAGCUCCCCGAGCUGCUCGAGCUCGAGCUCUCUCGACAGCUGCGAGUUCGAAGCAAGUAAUGUCUCCGUCUUGGGGAGCACGACCAACGUGGCCGAGUUUGCAAGCGAGAGCGCUCGCCCGAAGACGUACCCGCUGAAAUACCAUCGAUCGUUGCGCCGCCAGCGCUCUCCUGUGCUUCAUCCUGCCAGCAACAGCAAUCGCAGUGCAUACAGUCCCGUCGAGGACGCGUCCAGCCUGACGUCCGUGUUCUCCGAAUCCAGUGAGUUCCACUGGACGGACGAACUCGCUCGACCAAACGUCCAGGAACUUGCUCAGAAGAAGCUCACGGUGCGCGCCAACACGCCGUUCAACUACGCGCUGAACUACAGCGACGCGCAGGAGUGGCCAGAGGCCCCGAUCCCCGCGCGCGAGGCGGAGCGACUGCAAAAGGUGCGGGAGCUGCACUUGGCUGAUCCGGGCAAGCAGUUCCAGGAGAUGUGUGAGUACGCUGCCGCCGAGUUGGGUUGCCAGAUCGCGACGAUCAGCUUCAUUGGCGACAAGAGCGGAUUCCUCAUGGCCAAGUUUGGCUUCAAGAGACGCGAGAUGCCGCGCAAUCUCUUGCUCGACGCCCACGCGAUCAUGUCGACAGAGCCCACGGUGAUUCUCGACGCAACUGAAGACCUUCGGUUCGCGAGUAACCCGCUCGUGACGGACGGCCGCGUGCGGUUCUUUGCAGGCUUCCCCAUGACCACAUCGGACGGACACGUCGUUGGCUCUUUCAGUGUAGCCGAUCCGUUUGCACGCGCGCUAUUGCCAGGAGACAAGUACCUGUUCCUCCGCAAUUUGGCCGACGUCGCGAUCCAUGGCGUGGAGCAGAACACACUGAUGAGUCUCGAAGUGCAGCGAGACGGUGGCAAUGUGCACAUGCUGAGGCCGACUAUCCAAGCGCCGUUGCCUCCAGAAACAGCUGCUGUCGGCGCAGAGGAACUCACCAUGCAAGAGCUGUUGCGCUCUGCUUACACGACAAAGUGUCAGGUCCGGAUGCACGUGGACCCGCUACCCGAGUGA